AAAAACUAUCAAAGGACUUGAACCCACUAAUGAAGAAACAAAGAACCUACCCACAGAAAAAGAACUACCGAAAGACGACGAAAAGACAAAGAAUCUAUUACCGAAAAAUGACAAAGAACUACCGAAAGACUACUCCAAUGACGACUCUAGCGACGAUUUCAAUGAAGAUUCUAAAAAAAAAAAUAUUCGCUGUUAA